AUGAGGAUCAAUCCGACCUCCCAGACGCUCUCCCUCGUCCUCCGAGCGAUUGAGACAACAAUCGCGCCAGACCUCACGAAUCCUACUGCCAUUGGCGCGAUCGAGCUCAUCAAGCCAGCUCUACAUGAUCUGCUGAAGCGACAAGGUCCUUCUGUACCGCUUCUACGAAAAUGCAUCGAAGAAGGAGAAGCCUUGAACCACGAAAUAACGCAGCACCUUGAGGGAAACAAAGCCGGCCCCAAACGUCCUUACUCCACUCUCGGGAACUUCGACACCCUCUGCGAGAAGUACGACCAAUUGACCGAGGAGCUAGACGAGUUGAGUACCCGACUCACAAAAGUCGCCUCGCAUGACCCGAAGGCAUCAAGUUUCAUCCGCAAAGCUGCGGAAUGGGAGCUUAAUUACUACACCACUCUGCAAACAAUCCAACCCCAGCCCUUCAAUGGCGAAUCUUCCCAUCCAGACGACUCUCCCAACCCACCAUUAACGAAGGGAUUCUUCGAAUCUUUCCUGCGAACCAAGCGCAACGAUACUAGCCUCAGCGUGACAUCCUUCACGUCCAACCCAGGCAGUUUCGGAAAGCAAACCUACUUUGCUACCGUCACACAUGGUUCCAGUGACACUGAAGACCUCGUAAUCCGCAAAGCAGACCCAGCGCCUAUAAUGCUACACUCAUCUUUCCUGCUAUCCCAAGAGCACGACCUGUUGAAAGCCGUCUCCGCAACCGGCUACCCGGCUCCAACGCCCAUCGAUCUCGCCGAAAACCUCCCAGGCGUCGAUGGAACCUUCUUCACCAUGAACAAGAUCAGCGGAAAGCUCCCCGGCAGCUUCCUCGGCGGCCACGAGGCGAAGAUCGACGAAGACGUGUGGUUGCAGCUCGCAGAAAAGCUAGCACAGCUCCACACAAUCCCGCUCGAGAAGUUCGAAGAAGUGAUCAAAAAGUACGACGAGGAGGGCGCAAUGGAGGACACCGUGCAGUCGCGGUACCACCGCAACCUGCGCGGAUGGCGAGAUUACGCCUCCAGGAUUGAGCAUCUCCCCUCUCCUUUUAUCACGUAUCUUUUUAGCUGGCUGGAGCGGAACGUGCCCGCGGACGACCGAAAGCCCGUUCUCACACAUGGAGACUUCAAUAUCCACAAUGUGCUCUUCGAGGACGGGAAGCUGACGGGUGUGUUGGAUUGGGAGUGUUCUGACUUCGGCGCGCCGGAGCAGGAUCUCGCGUACAUUCAGCCGCAUGUUAGCAGGCACAUGCCGUGGGAGAAGUUCCUGGACCAUUAUCUGAAGAGCGGCGGGCAGGAGCUGAAUAUGCAGUACAUGUCAUUCACGUUAGCCUACUCGGUGCUAAGGACUAUGCUAGGCGGCGUGAGAGCGACAAGGAAUUUACAGGUGGGACACAACCGCGAUCUGAGGUAUAUCAUGGUGGAACUUGGGUUCACGCCGGCGUUUAUGGGGAUGGGGUUAGCGUGUACGGCAGACAAAAAGGAGAAUGGCGCCGUGGAAGACGCAUCGAGAAGAGAGACGGAAGUCGAAGAGAAGGCUGCCAAGGCAAACGGCAACACUGAACUGGAGUCAACGUUGGAGCAAGAUCUGAAAGAGACUAACGGAGUAAACGGAAGCCACUACGUCGCCGACAGAUACCGUGCGCCUGAAGAUAUGCUGGCCAAGGUCAGUGGUGGAAAGACGCUCCAGAUCUACGGUGAUGAAGUCAAUGUGAGACAGAAGCCCGGACCGCAAGAGAAUUGGCAAAACUCCGUCGUUUUGGUUUGGUGGGAUGAUAAGAACGCGGUUGGCGGUUUCCAUCGCUUGGGCCAUGAGCCGAACCUGAAAGAUGGAGGGAGAGUCGUCAUGUGGAACUAUCUUCUAUCUCCAAAGGGUAUGUAUAAGAAGAUGCAUCAUGUCCCACUUCGGGAUGCUGACCUACUACCGAGCAAUGGAUUCGGGAGUGGAGAUGAUACCUGCCGAUGUGAGGUCGAGGAUGGAGAGCAUAUCUGGACAGUAGAAGAUGAAGAUAUUUCUGCGAAGAUCACGUGUGUCGAUACCGGCCCUAACGUCGACUGCUAUCCAAAGAAGGGACAGAUCAACUCUUUCACCUCUCACCAUUUCGAUAUUCCCGGCAUCGUUCACGGUUCCCUGAAGAUCAAAGGGGAAGAAUACAAAAUCGCCGGUCUUGCUGUUCGCGAUGCUGGAUGGGGUCCGCGAAACUGGGGUACCGUCUACUCCCAUCGUUGGAUUGCAGGUACCUGCGGAAAAUCACUUAGCAUCAUCGCCGUCUCCUGGCAUGGUAUCGAUGAGAGCAUCGCGACAUUUGGCUGGGUCGUAAGGAACGGUGUUAUCACUUACGCCAAGAAGGUCAAGAUUCUUGCGUAUAUGGAAGAAGACGCAGCGACCAAUUCUGGGGGGAGAGUCACCUUUACUCUCACCACAGGCGAGGUCUUGGAUGUUGAAUGUACACCUGUACCGGUCAAGGCUAUGGUGUCGUAUCAUCAAAACGUGUGUGUCGUGGAUAGGAUCUGCAACAUGACAUGUGGAGGUCUUCGUGGGAUGUGUAAUUUCGAGACGAGCGCAAAUAUCCAGAUGGGCACGAGGAGGCCGACGAAGUUUUCUAAUGGUAUUAUUGAUAAUGGGUUUUUCGAGGAUGCUAAGUCGGUAUAAGAGGAUGGUUCCAAGUUCCAAACUUCGGUAGUUAGAGAGUAUAUAAUAUCUCUAGAAACAUG